CUGCUUCCGCCAUCCAACUCAUCUUGGAGCUGUGCUCCGAGGCUGUACAGCAGCUACAAUGAUAUUUAUACUUCUUUUAAUUUAUUGUACGUCCUUAGGUACGGGUUUUGAGAUGAAAUCUAUUUUUUGUUCAAUAUCUGACAGCUGCGACUGUGACUUCAAACCAGACAUAAAAGGUUUAGAGUGGGAUCUUUAUAAAAACCUUUAUGGUCAACACAUGGCUCAGGAUAUUGUCUCGGAAGCAGUGGUGAAUUUUUUACAGAAUGAAAACCCCGACAGACCUCUAGUGCUGUCUUUCCAUGGAGGAUCUGGGACUGGGAAAAGUCUGGUCAGCGCUAUGAUUGGACGACACAUCUACGGAACAGCUAUGGGCAGUCCUUACAUCCAUCAGUUUGUUCCCACUUUACACUUUCCUUCAGCUGACAGGGUGAAACAGUAUAGGUCAAAUCUAAAACAGUGGGUGGAGAGUAACCUUACGGCUUGUGCUCGCUCAAUUUUCAUCUUUGAUGAGAUGGAGAAAAUGCCUCCUGGUGUGAUCGAUGUUUUAGAGCCACAUUUAGGCCCCUUUCAUGUUCUGUUCCAGACAAACUACCGUAAGGCGAUUUAUAUAUUUAUCAGUACUGUGGGUCAGGAGGUAAUUAACAAAGUUGCGCUGGAGAGCCGACAGGCAGGUAGAGAUCGAGAGGACAUUUUGCCUAAAGAGCUGGAGGACAGUAUUGCUGAUGCGGUGUACGACAACAAGAACAGUGGGUUCUACCACUCCAGAAUAAUUACAGAAAAGCUUAUCACUCGUUUUGUGCCUUUCCUCCCCUUGCUGCGGCGCCACGUGGAGCGAUGUGCCCAGCGGGAGCUUUGCCAGCGAGGGGAGUGUCAGCGUGCAGAUGUGGCAUCGUCGGUAGGGGGCGCUAUGACUUACACACCAAAUGACAGCCAAUACUUCUCCAGUACUGGCUGCAAAUUAGUGCCAGCUAAAGUUAACCUGUACCUUUGAGGGUAGAAGUAAAAUCCCUUUAGGAUCUGAACAGCAAAUCAGAUGAUGAAACUACAGAGUAAAGAGACCUGAAUUUUGGAAUUUGGGGACAUUCUCUGAUUUAUGUGUUUCAUCCAUGUCGAUGAGUUCUAGUGAAGCAGGAUGGCUCUGGUUUUGCAGUUUUUAAUCAAGCAGGAACAAGCCACAGAGUCACAGAGAUUCAGAGUCGGUAUCAGUUCUCUGGGCCGCUAAAACAACCUACAACACACUCAGUUUCAGUCUGCAGUUAACUACAGAUCAAGUGCUCUCAGAUUAUUUACUUUAUCAUGGGAUGUUCAUUUAACAGUAAAACUAAGUGCUGUUAUUCUGAUGCCGACCACAGGGUGGCAGCAGUACCUACUUGAAACAAGUUUUUUUUGUCCCACAAUACCAUUGUUAUUGUUUUUUCCAUUUUUAAAAAUCAUAUUAAAUAUGUAAAUGAUGUAUAAUAGCUUUCUUUUAGUAUUUAAAUAGGUUUUCUUGUUAAACAAGAGAAAUCAGAAAGUUGAAAUCUGCUGCUCUACAAUGUAACAAUGCAAAUAAGAAUGCCUUAAAGCCAGAUUUUAAGCAAAAUUGUAAUUCUGUCAUCAUUUACUCACCCAUAUGUCAUUCCAGAACUAGAAGACUUGUUUUUUUCUGUGGAAUAUAAAAAGAUAUUUUGAUAAGUGCCACUUAAUUUUUUGUGUUUUGCUUUGUUUUUUUGCUCUGUCUGUAUGGGAUUAUUUUUGUGCCAAUAAGAAUGAACGUAACUUCAUAAAACUGAACGUAACUUUCCAAGAAACGAACAAAUUUAUGCCACUGCAAAAGAAGAAAAACACAAUGAAAAUGAAAAAAUGAACUCAGUCGCACGAAAUUAACAUGCUCUUCAAAUAUGCUUCAUUCUUUGUUAAUGAUUUUCAAAGAAUCGUUUUCGCGAAUCAUGGAUUCUGAAUGCGUUGCCACAGCUUUCGCUUACGCUUCGCAAAUUUUCGUUUGCUGUUUUGGCACAAACCUCUUGUGGGGGCGGGCUUAACAGCGAUCUACUCUGAUUGGCUAAUGAGCUUUUGAUGGACAGUUGCUCUCUGACCUGGAAGCACAGACGGUGACGUCAGUGGCGUCACGUUACGUUCAUUCUUAUUGGCACAAAAAUAAUCCCAUAUGUCUGUACAAUGGACAUCAGUCCUGAACAAAACCUUUUUGUUACCAAAAUUCACCAAAACACACACACACACACAUAUAUAAUAAUAAUAAUUUAUUUUUUUCAGCAUAAAGGUCCUAGAUUUGGAACAACAUUUGGUGACAGUGAAUGAUGACACCUUAUAACAAUAAAAUCAGUGAAAAUAUAAUGUAGUGCCAUAUCAAAAUUAAGAAAUAAUUUGAUACAUACAUUCUAUUUUCAUAUGUAAGAAGCCUAUUGUCCAAUUUGAUUGAUCUGAGGCAGAUUACCAGCUUAAAAAUGUACAAAAAAUAUUUUUGUCCUCCUCUUUCCUAUAUAGACAACAACGUUCAGUUCCUUUAUUCAGUUUAACACACUAAAGGGAAAAUAAGGAAACGAUCAUUUUUGCAUUAAGUGAAGUUGAAUCACAUCCGACUCCAGUGAUAUUCAUUGUUGUUUACAUUGUACAGUUAUUCUGCAAUAGUUUGCAAUGGGAUGUCAAUUUUAUAAAGGUUAAAUCCUUUUCUUCAUGCACUUUUCUAUUUGUUGAUCAGCCAUGUCCAUCUAUAUUAACAGUUUGUUUUGUAUUUCGUGUAAUUUAAUUUGAAACGUACAGUAAUGCAAAAUGAAAGUUACCCUUCGUAACUACACAUCGAAAGCACGACAAUAAAAUCAAGUUUCAUUUUUUCAA